CGAAUCACUCCACCACCUCAACUACUACCACAAAUAGGUGACAUACCCCACAGUAAUUUCCAAUAUGAUUUUGAUUUUGAGAGAAAAGUUAUAGCUGAAGCAGAGAAAGAAAACCAAAAUUGGAGCAGGCUUGGGUUGGAAAACCUUCCAGCUAGGACUACGUCAUCAGCAUCUUCAGUGGGCACUUCUGUGGAUCCUGUAGUGAGCAAAUAUAUUGCUUCAGGGCUUAAUCGAGAAGCUGUUCCUCUUGCUGUUGCACAUUACGGAGACAAUCCUACCAAGGUGUUUUCUUGAGCUCUUGCUGUUGUAUAGCUUCAAUGUUAAUUCUGAAUUAUUACAGUUUAUUACGGCUAUGGUCUCGCAUUAGCCAUCGAUUAUAGUUCCUAUUCCUCCAUUAUUCUCACAUUAAGUAGUUUAGAUUACCGAGACUGGCAGGAAU